AUGGUUUGUGAGCGAUUAUAUGUUUUAGCAAAAGAAGGAUUUGAAGCAGCACUUUUGCUUCUGCACAACGAACGUGCUGACGUGCAACUGUUUGCUGCCUGUCUGUUAUAUGACUCCAUUCGGAAAAGAUGGGACGAGUAUGUUGUAUCUCAAGAUACUGCAAAAUGGUUUAUCUUAGCUGAUAGGCUAAAAAUAACAUUAAUUAAUAAGCUGACGCAGGGUGCUCACUUUCAAAAUCAGUCUGUGACAAACAAGCUUUCCUCUUCGCUGGCACUUUUGGCGCUUCAUUGCAUCCCAGACUUAUGGACUGACCCGAUUCAUGAUCUCACCUUACAUUGGGCACAACAGCCUGAGUUGUUGUUAAGAGUUUUAGCAGAACUUCCCGCUGAAUUUCUUCGUAUCAAUAUGCCUUUAUCUCAACGAUCCGCUUUAAAAUCUGUGUUGCUCAAGUCUGCAACGGAUAUAAUAAAAGUAAUCGACGUUCUUUUGCAUUUGGAAGAUGUUUCCCCUUCGUUAAAAAAUGCAGCAGUUGAAUGCGUUGAACAGUGGUUGAGCAUGCCUUCUAUAGAUUUACUGGAAUGGCGAAAUGUUUUGGUUUCUGUGUUCACAAGUGCAUCAGCAGAUCUGUGGGUGCUGUUUGGUGCUGUGGCUCGUAUCUUAUCAGUCGUAACGUGUUGCGAGAACCUCACCAGUCUUGAAAAUUUUGUAUACGAUUUCGGAAGUUUUAUUGUUGCAACUGUGUGUGAGCCGUUAAAAGUACAAACAGAAGCUGCACUAGCGCGUGGAACGUUGAACGAUGGUGAUCUUGUAGAAAUGGAGGAGUUAUCGAGUGUUGUGACAGCCAUUGCUGACUUUUGUUCUGCAUCUGUUCGACAGUUGCGCAAAGCGUGUUUUCUUAGAAAUGAUUUAAGUCUAAUUAACUCCAUCUGUUCAUUCCUCUGCAUUUUCUCGACAUGGCCAGGUAAUUAUCCAAUUGACGAAACAGUUUCCGAAGGACCGGAAGUCUUUUGGAAUUCUUUAAAAGAGGAAAUAGAUACACUGAAAGAUGAAGAAAAGGCCAAGGCUUGUUUUCUUGUUGCAAUCUGUAGGCCUCACUAUGCCGCAUUAUUGCAAUCUGCAGUGAAUAAAAUUGCAUAUCCUCCAGACAGGCAACUACAGGAGAAUUAUGACAAAGAGCAGAUGGAGAAGCUCGACAUGUAUCGCGCAUUGAGAGUGGAGAUCUCGGUACACGCUUUUGCUGUUAUAGGGCAAGAAACUUGUGCUUUUCUUUGCGGGCAGUUGCACGAGGCUAUAAACGCCAAGAUCGAAGGAAUUUUGUUUUUAUUUGAAAGAGUUGCCGACUAUUUGACUGAGGCAGAUGCUGGCUACAUAAGAGAUGUCGUCGAAAGCUGUCUUGUACUGAAAUUAUGGGGUUUGUCAGAUGGACCAGAUGAAUCAGUUUUAGGAAAUUCGUUAAUGAAUCUGUUAUACGCCUUUUCUCACUUAAUUUCUUGCGGAACAGAUGCUGAAGUAUUGGAAGAAAAGUGCUUUGAUUUAAUUUUCACAUUUUUACGAAACAUAAAUGUAGCAGGUGAAGGAUUGAAAACGCUGCAGAAGUUUGUGGAAGAUCGACCACCUAGUCUUGUUAAGUGUUCGGAUGCAGUAUAUAACAAGUGUUAUGAAAUAUUCUCAAACACAGCCAUACCUCAACGACUGCGGUUAGCUGCUGUCAAGUGCGUUGGGUACGCUUUGUCUGUAAAAGACACGGCCUAUGUUCUGAGUCAGUUGGAUAACAUACUUGCUCCUCAGUUGAGAACGUUGCAGUCUGUACUUCAGGGUCACACUCCGUCUUGUUCUCAAUCUUCAGAAGAUUUGGAACAAGAGUGUUUGUUCGAAUUAGGGGUUUUUACGAUGCUCAUAACCAGUCUUUCGCCAAAAUCAGGUGAAAGAAAUGAGAAUUUUGUUGAUUCGCCAUCUUUCCGUGUCAUACAACACUGUAUGCCUGUGUUUCGCGGGUUAAUUGAACAAUAUACUUCUUCGACUGUGCUUGUAAGCAAGGUAGUAGACGUUCUUCGCGCAAGUCUUUCGUCUAUGGGUGAAAAUUUAAUCCCCUUGAUAAAUACUUUUUACGACAUAAUAAACACACUCCUUCUCAGACAGCCAGACCACGCUUGUUGUUUAGCAAAGAUCAUGCUCUUGGUUAGACCUUUUUUUGCUGGUAUAUUUAUUCGGAAAUCUUACGUCUUAAUGACAUUCACGGACCCCAAAAUCAAAUCUGAAUUAUGUGCUAAACUUCGAAUCUGGUUUGAUACAAUAAGAACUGGUUGUUUUGACGAAAUACCGAGCAAAUACAUUGAUCUCGCUUAUCAUGUUAUAAGGAAAAAUUGGAAAAUGCUCAGGGAAAACCAACAAGAAUCAGUGCCACUUAUAAAAGACGUAGUGGAAUUGAAUAUCAAGGUCUUAAUGUCUUCCGAAGACCCCAGUUUGACUCGUAGAAGUGCUGUCGUAUUAUCAACUUUGUUGAAGAACUUUGUUGAAAAUGAAUGUUUUUUGGAUUUGAUGCGAGAAGUUGCUCAACCGGUGCUUUCAGUAACAUUCUCAAGGCUACAGGUAGAAUUGACGAAGUCCGUUGUGUCGUCAUUAGCUGAAAUAUUGAUGUAUUACGCAAGGAAGUACCCAUUAGAGACAAGAGUGCGGAGGAAGUUUCACUAA